UUGUGCUCUAUGGCCCGUGCCUGGUUAAGCGAGCGCUUGUGGCAACUGCUAGUGGGCUGUCCAAUCGAGACGCGGCCUCCUCGACCAUCACCAGCUCCGUCACUUCAUGUCCACGAUGGCAGCAUCAAGUUCCUCGGACAAGAGGCAGCUCGUCUUUGUGUUCUUUGCAUGGAAAGCCUUGCUCUUCUGCCUCACUGCGCUCUGUCCAGGGCCGGGGUACGACACCUCAGGUCUGAUUUUGAUUGAUUCGAGUCUCGAUCGCUAUACAAACCUCAAAUUCUCAUCACGUUUCGAUCAAUUCGUCCUUAACCUCUUCCGAUGGGAUGCGUUGUACUUUGUCAAGGCAGCCGAGCGGGGCCUGAUGUUUGAGCAGGAGUGGGCAUUCAGCCCGGGUUUCUCCGGGAUUCUGAAUGUCAUGGGACGAUACAUCUCCGGCACAGCGGCAGGUACGAUCCAGUACUACGUUUUGGCUGGCAUCAUCAUCUCCACUACUUGCCACCUCCUCUCAGUACUCAUUCUGCACAGACUCACAACCCAUCUCACGGGAGUGGGGUGGCAGCAAUCCCGGAUCCCCUUCGUCGCAUCUGUACUCCACAUACUUACGCCAGCUUCCUUGUUCCUCUCAGCGCCCUAUACCGAGUCACUCUUCUCUUUGAUCAAUUUGGCAGGUAUGCUCUGCUAUGCUGAGUCUAGAUCGGCCGCCAAGACGUCUUCCCUUGGCUUCCUGGAGAUCUUCUACAAGCUCAGCUCAGGUCUGCUGUUUGCUGUGGCGACUACCAUACGAAGCAAUGGCUUGCUGAGUGGCUUGGUACUUCUGUAUGACGUUACGCGAUACGUACCCCAGCUUCUCUCGAUGCGGUUGGGCAUACACAACAUGUUCAGAAUAAUCCUUACCUGCGCAUCCGGCUCUUUGAUAGCACUUGCUUUUGUUGGACCGCAAUACCUUGCCUACUUGGACUUUUGCAACGCCAGCGGCUCCGCGGUAAGGCCAUGGUGCGAGAAGAGUAUACCUAGUAUAUACUCAUGGGUACAAAGUCACUAUUGGAAUGUCGGACUGUUCCGUUACUGGACCCUGCCCAACCUCCCACUGUUCUUGCUUGCGUUCCCGAUGUUAUGGCUGUUGGUCUACUCGAGUGUUACAUACCUCCGCAUAGGCUAUGCCCAGCCGUUGCGAGGGCGUUCUGUACCCCACUCUAGUAAUACCUCUGGCGCUAAGCAUACGCCUCCUUUGACGUACAACCUGCCAGAACUAGCAUUGCCGCAGCUGGUCCUAGCCGUCACAGCAGCUACCAGUUUCCACGUUCAGAUCGUUAAUCGGAUCUCUUCCGGAUACCCCAUCUGGUAUCUGACAGUGGCUUCAUGGCUGUUUGACGUCGAAUCAGAACGGCGUACUGGGGGUCAACCUGGUCGUGCGCAAUAUACCAUUCGCGCCAUGGUCAUGUAUGCUAUGAUCCAGGGGAUGCUUUUCGCAAAUUUUCUACCACCCGCCUGAGAAUGGAUGCCUGCCUUUCGCAGGGUAAUAAUUGGGCCGAUGUCGAACAAGUUGCUGGAACGUGACGACGCGGUUGCUCAACGUAUGGCGGAGGCGCCGCCAUGGGUAUACAUCUUGAGACCUCUAUUUCUCCCGCGGACAAAUCUAAUCGAGAGGAAGUCGCGUCAUAUUUGCGUGCAUCAUACCCGAAAUGUUCGUGGCCGUUGAAGAACGCGAGCAUGUACUCCUACUGCGACGCCAGUGGGAGCCACGCACUAAUAGCUUGAGGGCUGCACGGAGAUCGAUCUAAGCAACCAUAACUGAUACCCUACGAACCAUCAAAGACUAGGGCCCUGCAGA